AUGGCUGCGCAAACCUCCAUGACUGACAAGACCCCAACGGUGGCCGUAAUUGGCCUAGGGGCCCUUGGGCUUGUGGCAAUGAAAAAUCUGCUUGAAGUAGGAUUUGAUGUCACUGGCUUUGAUAAGCACCCUUAUGUCGGUGGUUUGUGGAACUACAAUGAAAGCAAGGAUGCAAUUUCUGUUCUACCUACCACUGUGGCCAAUGGCUCGAAGCAAAGAGGAUGUUUCACAGAUUUUCCCUUCCCAGAUGAAACACCGGAUUUUCCACCAGCAGCAGAUAUGCACAAGUACCUGGUAUCGUAUGCUGAGCACUUUGGUAUUUUGCCACGGGCUCAGCUAAAUACAGUUGUCCACCGCGCGGAGUGGAACCCUGAUACUGCUCUCUGGGAUGUCGAGACCUCUACUGGCGAUGAGCCAAAGGUUGUUCGCAGCUUUGACAAAGUUGUGUACUCCAUGGGACCGGAUCAAACCCCCAAUGUACCCUCAGUUUCCGGAAUGGAUCGUUUUGGAGGUGAGGCGGUGCACUCUAUUGCUUUCAAAAGACCGGAGGAUUGGGCUGGCAAGCGAAUGCUCGUUGUCGGCUUUGGAAACACAGCUGCGGAUGUAGCGUGUGAGCUUGCAGGCAAAGCAGAGAAGGUGUAUUUGUCUCACCGACACGGUAGCAUUGUGCUCCCUCGAUGGGUCGAUAACAAGCCUGUUGACCACAUCCGAACAUACCGAAAGGGCGUGUUCCUCGAGCAACUGUCCCGUUAUGCCCCAAGCAUCUGGACAAAGCUUAUGAACAAGGUCAUUAUGGGCCUGCGAGAUCGACUCUAUGAUCUCAAGCCUGAAUGGGGAUUUGACCCGGCUCCAUCAGUCAAUCAAGCACGACCAAUUAUCAGCGAUUACUUGGUCGACAAUCUCUCUCGCGGACUCAUCACUUCCAAGCCACCGAUUGAGAGGAUUCUUGAUUCUCAAAAGAUUGAGUUCACAGAUGGAAGCGUUGCUGAAAUUGACGGCAUUAUCUGGUGCACCGGGUAUACGGUCGACUACUCCAUCCUGGGUAAAAGUGAUCCCACCAUUUACCGAGGUUCGGACAUCCGCAGUGCCAAUGGGCGCAGAAUCCCACGCCUAUACCAGAACCUACUCUCUUUGGAGCAUCCAGAAUCAUUGGCAUUCAUGGGAAAUCUAUCAUUCAUGAAUCCGGCGUUCCUCAUGUUUGAUUUAGCUACAAUGGCCCUAGGCCAAGUGUGGUCUGGCCGAUCGCCACUUCCACCUCGCGAAGAAAUGAUUCAGGCGGUAGACAAGCAACAUGCAUGGAUCGCAGAGUUGGCAGCCAAAGGAGCGGUUACUCCCGGUCUUGUGAAGGGUGCGGACUGGUUGGACUGGGUCGAGGAAACGGCUGGAUUGGGAAUGAAGGAGAAUCUCGGAUACGGCCUGCAAGGAUGGUACUUCUGGCUAACGAACCGUUCCCUCUGCAAUACUCUCAUGGAUGGUUUACUUCUGCCAUUCCAUUAUCGUCUGUUUGAGGGAAAGCGAAAGCGAUGGGAAGGUGCUGAGGAAGCAAUCUUGAAGGUCAGCGAGGAAUUGCGCGUUAAGAACGAGACUAAGAAGUGGCAGUAG